AUGGACUCGGCUCCAUGGGAUACGAAACCACUGUCACAGUCAUUGGUGACCAAUGAGCAACUCGGAGAAGGUACUCGUCCUGUGGAACCCACCUCUAGCUGCCAUGAAGGCGGCUUUGAGCGCUUCCCGCGCCGUUGCGACGAUAUCACCGAGUCACAUAGGCCGUAUUCAUCCGUCGCUUCAACUGCUCAGCAACGCAGCUUAUCACCGUCGACUCUGGUCAGGCGUCGCGUUGGACCAGUUGACAGAGAUGAGGACUUCGUCUACAAUAAAAAUCCGGCGAGACCUGGCGGAUCUCGUCAGCAUAGAGGCCAGUCUUUUGAUGCGGCAUCGGGAUCAGGAAUGCUUCUGCAACCGGAUACUCGAGUCAUAACUUCAGACCAGCUUGCCGCGGAAGUCCAAGGUAUUUACGCCGGACUGGCUUUACUCGAGAGCAAAUGCAUUGAGUAUGACAGCACACAGAAGGAGACUGAUCUAAGCCAAGGGCAAUAUCACGUAUUAAUUUCCCUUCACUGGUCACUUCUCCAUGAGCAUCAUGACUUUCUAUUGGCACCCAGCACCCAUCGGCGAGCGCCGCGCUCCGAAGACUUGCAUCUAAAGCUUCUAAGGCGGAAACUGCCUGGCUCGCUCGAGCAUAUGCUUACCUUCAUUUAUAUCGCAUAUACCAUGAUGGCGGUACUAUAUGAGACAGUUCCCACGUUUGAAGAUACGUGGAUAGAGUGCCUUGGUGACUUAGGGCGUUACAGGAUGGCAGUUGAAGACGAUGAUAUCCAUGAACGAGAAACUUGGACUGGUGUAUCAAGAUCCUGGUAUACUAAGGCUUCGGAUGAGACACCAACGACUGGACGACUUUAUCACCACCUAGCGAUUUUGGCACGACCAAAUGCCCUGCAACAGUUGUACCUCUAUGCUAAAUCUCUCUGCGUUCCAGUCCCAUUCCUCAGCGCUAGGGAUAGCGUCAUGACGCUAUUCGAUCCCCUCUUAAAUGCAAAUCCAAGCGCUUCUCAACGUCUGGAGCCAGUUGAUGUAGCUUUUGUGCGAGUUCAUGGCAUACUCUUCUCUGGCACACAUGAGGAUCAGCUCGAGCCCUCGAUGAAGCAAUUUCUGGAACUUCUGGAUAAUCGCAUUGGAAGAGAACAUGGAAAUUGGCUUGAAUCUGGGUAUUUUAUUGGCAUCUCAUUAAGCUGUCUUCUCCUAGGUUUUGGAGAUGCGUCAAAUGUCCUUAUGAAUGCUGUUUUGAAGAGUCAACAAGUAGACGACACUAUAAUGGAUGAUCUUCCAGAUCCGGUGCUGACUGACGCAUUCAACACAGCGGUGGGAUUUGCAGCUCGCACGUAUGAGAUUGUUAUUGCUCGGUGGGGUGACAAGAACACAUUGCCAUGCCUUCAUACCCUCUUGGUAUUCUACUGGUUUAUGAUGGAUUUUGACGUAGGGAGACAGUACUUGGAGGACUCGCUCCCAUGGGAACAGACUGCUUUACUACUUAACUAUCUAUUACGGACUAGCGAGUUUACACCACGGUUGGAUACCCCGGAAAUUCCGUGGCCCGAAGGUGGUAAGGCGCAUCAUCUUCCCGAAGACUAUGCUAUGCGUGGUUUAAUCUAUACUGGAACCUAUUUUCCGAAGAAGUGGAUUGAUAAUACGGCGAUUGAUGAUGACGAAAAAUACUUUGAGCCUGCGUCAACGCAUGGCAAUGAGGAAAAGAAGACUACACUGGGACGAGAAAACUGGGCAGUUUUCGACUAA